CGACUCACGACGCAACCUCGAUCGCUCAGUUCAUGAACAGGGAGAGAAGGACUCGUCAAUGUUAUGAAGAAGGAAUCCUGCAACUUCAAGGGCCUGCUGGCAUGCUUGAGCUUAAUGAAAAGUGCGCCUCUGAAUGUUUGUGACCGUCUGCUGAGGGAGAGUAUCGUGUCAGCAUGAGGAGUGCGGUUGAAGCUUUUGUUUCGCUUCAAUAGUGAACGUCGUGCACAGUUUGUGAGGAGCUAGCCCUACUGAUUGAAUGCCGCAUCGGAUGCCGGCACCGAAACCUUGCAAUCCCUCCCUAUGAGGUCACCUUAGAGCUUCCACGUGGAAGCAGUCAUUGAAGAUGGCCGAUGCAGGUGCACCCCGCGGCGAUGUUUUGCCUGGCGGCAAGGCGUUGGGCCACGACGCCCCAUCCACCAGCUUUGCGUCCAGCCUUCUGUCUGGCCCUUUUGGGGUGGGGGACAUCGGGGCGCGCCGGCUCGCCCCCAGCGAGAAUGCCGCCGACUGCGUGGCGCGGCUGCACGGCGCCAUCAAAGACAAGGACCUGCCGGCGAUGGGGGAGCUCCUCCUGGAGCUGGCGGACUGCUACAUCAGCACAGUGGCCUCAAGCCCCGAGUCCAUGGUGUCGGCGGCCAGGGUUGUGCAUGAGGCGGCCAAGUUGGAGCUGGUCACGCAGGGCAAGCAGAGCAAGGGGGCUGCCAAAAAGGGCAAGAAAGGGGCCGGGGGGGUGGGGCCGACCGCAAGCGUGGCGAGCGUGCUGCUGCCGUCGUUGGGAGGGGGGAGUGCGGGGGUAGAAAAACCGGCGAAGCAGGCCGAGGCUGCAGAAAGGGCUGCCAGGCUGGGUGGUGCAGACGGGCCGGCAAGCGGUGUCGCUCCGUCAACCAGCCAGCAAGAGGCAGCCAAAGAGACGGAGGGGCCGGCAGACGGCAGCUCCACAAGGGAGCCUACCGAGCAAGCUGGAAAGGACGAGCCGGUUGCGGAAAAGACAGGCACUGAGGCGCGAGAGAGUGUGAUGAAGGAGCGAAAGAUUGUGCCGAAGAAGAGGAUUCGGCGGUUCACGUCGGUCGGCGAGGAGGGGAGCCGGACGAAGCUGGCGGGGAACAAGCGGCUGAGCUCCGAGAUGGACGAGGACGAGUUACCCGGCAGGGACGGGUCCCUCGCAGUGUUUGAGAUUGGGAGCAGCGGCGGGGGAAAGGAGGGGAGCUCGAGCAGGGCCGACGUGUCCAGCAGCGAAUCAGGGCCAGCUCUCAAAACCACUCCUGUGUCUAGCCACGGUGCUUCGAGCAGCGGGGGGAGACUGCCUGGCAGUGGCCAGGCAGGGACUGGCGCACCCACAAGGGAUGAUUGGCAGAACCUGAGUCAGACGUUGAUGCCCCUGGCGAACGGCAAGGUGGCGAGCAAUGACCCUCUCUGGGGCCUUGCGUCAUCGCUCGUCGCGCAGGAGCACACCAUCCCGGUGACUGCGCGGGCGAUCUUCAAGGCCUUCUCGGGCCUGGUGAUGGCCAUCUGCCACACCCCGGAGGGCAAGUCCAACAAGAACCUGUCGGCGGAGGUGUAUGCUGCACUCACGGAGACCGCGGUUGAGGUGCUGCACAUCCUCAAGGGGCAAAAGCUCCUCGCGUUUGCGCUCCGCUUCCUGGGGGCCAUCUUCCCACCCAAGAGCAACUCCUCAACCGGGGUUGGGGCGCUCGGUGGGGCUGCAAACAAGGGGGCAAAAGCAGCAGCCAAAGUCGCGUCCCCGGCUCCGAAAGUGGGGACCCCCGCAAAGGUUGCAGGCACCCCGCCAGCCACAGUCGGCACGCCAGCCAAGUCUACUCCCGCUGUGAUCGCUUCUGGAGUCCCGGCAGACUAUGUGCACAGCAUGAGUAUAACCGCACCUCUCAAGGCGCUCAUGGGGGGUGCGGCGCUGCCGUCGCCUCUGCAAAACCUGGCAAGCGGGUCUCCCUCCAGCAUGGCGCUUAAGGCACGGGGGAUUCGCGCCGUGGCGGCAGUGGCGUUUGCAGCGACGGCGCCUGUUGUUGCAGAGAAAGCGGUCAAGGCGAUUGUAAACUCGCUCAACUCGCAGCAGCCAGAGCUUGUUUCGACAGGGGAAGCAUUGGGAGCCAUCACCACGCACUUGUCCUCCGCUAGCUUAAAGACGGUCUGCGAGGACGCCGUCAACUUCACGGUGUACUCCAUGGGGAGAUUCCCCGAAGCGAGCACUAUUCAGGUAAGCGGCUGCAUAGCGCUGGCGUCGCUGACCAAGACCGUCAGCUCCACGGUCCUCUUCAGCGCCUGGUCUGCCGCCACUGCGGCGAUGCAGCACCACCCGGAAGACCUCCGUGUGCAGCGGGCGGGCUGCACUGCUCUACACAACAUCAGCUCCCUCGUUUCAUUGGCCACACCCGAGUGGGUCAGCCCCAAGCGGCCCCUGUGGGCGACCAGGGACAACGACAGGGAGGAGGCCGCGCAGUGGCUGCUGGCGGCCAUGGCCCGCUUCCCGGAUGACAUCCGCGUACAGUGGCAGGGCUGCCACGUACUGACGACGCUCCUCCAGAGCGCGGGCCUGCGCACCGUGCUCUACGUCGCAGGCCGCGGCGGCAUGGGCGCCAUCGCGCGCGCCAUGCGCAUGUGCAAGAAGAACGAGGCGCUCAUCCAGCAGUGCUGCAGCGCGCUGGCGGCGCUCGUGCAGGCCGCACAGGAGGCCGGGGGUGACGUCAUCCGACGUGAGGGUGGGGCGCAGGCGGGGAUCCCUUCCCCAGCAGACGCGCUCGGGUUGGGGGCGUUCUCGGGGAUGGUUCCAGCAGCGGCCGGGCCCGCCAGUAGUCUGGCGAAGCCGGUGGCGGCGAGGGAGGGAACGGCGCACACCGCGGUGAACACGCAGGGGAGCUACGGGUUGGACCUGUUGCGGGCGGUUGCGGGGGACUUGGUGGAUCUGCCGGCGGUGCUCGGGGCAGAUGUUGCGGGGCUGCAGGGCCUGGGGGGUAGGGAAGGGGCCAAGUCGGGGGGCGGCGAUGCGUUUCUGUCGACGGACAGCAGCAAGGAGUUUCUGAAGAGCAACCGGGGGAGGACGGGGCAGCGGAAGCACAACGGGAGCGCCCAGAACGACGCGCCGACGGGGGAGGAGUGGUCGGAGGCGCUGCGGGCGGUGGUGGGGGCCAUGAAGCAGUUCCCGAAGCUGAAGCUGGUGCAGUCGAACAGCUGCCUGCUGCUCGGGACGGCGGCCAGGAUGAUCCCCAACGAUCUGGCGCAGAUCCUGCCGGCACAGGUGCCUUUCGAGGAGGGCCUCGGCCUGCCCGCCGUAGACGAGAAGCACCUGCUGAUCGACCAGGCAAUCGACGCAGUUGUCGCGGCCAUGGACAACCAUCGCGAGGACGAGAUCGUGCAGCCGUGGGGGGCAGCCUUUCUGGCGCAGGCCUUCCUGCUGUACACUACCCCCUCGCGUGCGGGCCAGAUCAUUGCUCAAGAGCACUCCCGCCGCGUCCAGUCCACAACCUCCGACGCGCAACCCUCGGCCGUGCACUCCGACAUGGCAAGCAGUAGCAGUCAGAGUAACCCCAUCAACCCUGUGCUUCCCAAUCUCGACUCGGCCAACGGCGCCGCCGCGGCGCGCACAGCGAAAGGCAAAGCCCCGCUGGAAGCGUCGCCGCAAACCCGGGACCCAUCAGGCGCUGUUGGGGCGAGGGUAGGCGAUGUGCCCUACUACGGGCAGGACAUCGACGCACUCCCCGGUGCGUUUAUGGCGGCAGCAAUCCGUGCGAACUUGAAGAAGGCGUGCAAGGCGCUGCUGAAACUGGCGGGGCUGCUGGAGUCCAACACAGACGCUGCGAGCAACAGCCUGCGGCGGGGCUGGUGCGAGGCGAUGGAGAUCAUGGUGUGCACCUUUGGGCGGCUCUCGCUGGACGUCGAGCGGGGCCUUGUCGCCGCCAAGUGGACCCAGUUCAGCCUGGAGAACCACCAGACGCAGGGCCAGUUGCGGGGCCCGGCAGACGGCCCGCAGCCGCUCAGCGAGCAGAAUCCGCAAUUGCCCCCGUUCAGCUUUCCAGACCCGGCCGCGCUUGGGCUUGGGACGAGCGCGGGGAGCCCUCUCUCAUUGCCCGCCGGCCAAAACCCUUUCCCGGCGGCUCUCGGCUUCCCGUCGUCCUACUCUGUCAGCCACAUCGAGGUGACCACGUAUAUUGCCGCGCUGUCAAACGCGGCCGCCAUGAGCGCAGGGGGCAGCCAGCUCUUGCCUGCGUUUCUGGGAAACGGCCUGGGGUUCAACCUCGAACCCCAGGCUCUGGCAGCCGCGCUGGGGGGCGGUCCCGCUCUAAACCCACUCUCGAACCCGCCCACCAACCCACCUGCAAAUCUGCCCGCCCCCACCACCUCGAUUGAGAGCAACGCCAGCCCCAGCAAGGCCUCUUCCUCCUCCUACACUCUGGCAGGGGGGUCGUCCCGGCCCGCAACCACCCUGCACGCAGCCACCAACAUCCCCCCUGCUCUCACAAACUUCGGCACCCCCGCAUCCGCGCCCUGGCAGCAGGGCGCCUCGUUCACCAACUUUGGGCUGACCCAUUACAGCCAGUCCGCUGAGGAGGAGGACACGUGGAAGGCCCUGGCGCGAUUCUGCCGAGACUAUGCGGUGGAGGAGUGGCGGCUGGCGGCGCACCUGACGGGCCAGACGGCCAAGCCGCUCGGGUUUAAGGCGCACCUGCUGAACGUGCUCAGCAUCGCCACCAAGAGCCUGACCGUGCAGGACGAUGCUGACGUCAUGCACUCGCUGUGCCUGCUCAUCACCGAAAUCUUCCUGGUCUGGGAGCACCUCCACUCUGGCGGGAACAUCGUUGCCCUCCACGCUGCUGCCAAGGCCUCCUUAGAAAAGUCCUCUGGCAGCGGGGGGGCCUCCUCCCACGACGAUGCAUCCGAAGUGCUCAGAGCGAACGGCCUAGCGACCCCGAAAUCGCAGCCUGGCAGCUCGCUGGAGGACAGCUUCGAGCUCCGCUCCGCAAGUAAUAGCGCAGGGAGCUCGGGCGGUGACGUCAGCACUUCGGGGACUGUGGCCGCGGACCGGUCGCAGGUCGGCAAAAGCAGCGAAGGCGAUGCGAGCGGCAAGACUGCAGGGCCGGGAGACGGCGUGCGGGCGCAGACCAACGCAGCGGCCUCGACGAGCGGCAUGCCGGAAAUCGCAGAGAGUAGCACUUCGCGAAAGGCUGUGCGGCAAAAGGGUGCGGAAAGUAGCAAGCAGCCUAGCUUGGGGGCUCGGGGCCCGAAGCUGGGGACACGGAACACGUCUUCGAGUGCACCGUCAACCACGGGAAAGCCACCGACGGGUGUAAAGAAGCCCCACCCGGCCGGGCUGGAGCUCCCUAUUCCUGUCAGCUUGCAGGAGCGGGGUUCGCAGCCCGGGGUGUUUACUACGGACGCGGGAGUGGGCGACAUGAUUGAAGCGGUGCUCUACUUGACGGCCAUGGACGGGCACUUCGAGGCGCUGGCGGCUGCCCUCGAGGCGCUGCACAACUGCCUGCUGGUGGCGGCACGGCCACAGGAGGUGGACGAGUUCUUCGGCAUCAACAGCGACGGCUGCAAAGCGACCGACAUCCUGGCCGCGCUCAAGAAGGCCAUUGCCAAACCCCCCAUCAAGAUCACCGCCGAGACGUCCCCCGACGUCAUUCGCGAGCAGGACGGCCGCCGCCGCGUCGCCUUCGAGGCGCUGCUAGUCCUCAAGGCGGUGUGCGACAAGAACGUGGCGGCGCAACUAGAGGUGGCCGUCUUCGAGGGCAUCGACCUCGUCUUCGACGCGUUCGACAAGUACCGGGACGACGAGGAGAUGAAGGACGCGGCGAUGAAGGUGCUGGGGCUGGAGGAGGAGCUGUGGCGCAAGAGCGCGUGCGUGCAGGCGCUGUGGGCGGCGCUCAAGGCCAACCGCCAAAAGUACCUGGCGGAGCGGUCCAAGGGGCUCGCCAAGAAGAAGAAGAAAGCGGGCGGCAAAGCGGACCCGAAGCAGGGGCCGAAGCGGCCCGGCGGGAAGCGGGAGGUCGGCGACGAGGACCCGGAGGAGAAGGUGCGGGGGGUCGCCACGGCGGGGAUCAGUGCGACGCGGUGGCAGGAGAUCGCGGAGAUUGUGGCAGGGGAGCUGCACGACGACUUCCCGCGGCGGUGGGGCGGCCUGCGCACCAUCGACGACCUGCUGUCUAAGGAGGACUUUUACAGCAUGCUGGGGCUGUUCCUGGAGGACCGCAAGCUGGCCGUCGAGGAACUCAUCGGGAAAGACCUGGACACGGGGAAGGGCGCCGAGCCCGCCGUGAAGUACCUGCAGUGGAUCAUCCAGGGGCACCCCGACUGCGGGACGGUGCACCUGGGCCUGCUGCGGACGGCGAUCUUGUACGACGAGGACGAGUACCUGCCCGGGUCGGGGCCCAAUGCUGCCGUCAAGCUGCUGCAGUACCUUAACGAGAAGCAGGCCAACUGGUCCGAGGAGCAGCCCACCAAUUCACAACCCCCUCAGCCCCACGAAACCGGCGGCUCUCACGAGCCCUCUCCAGCGAAAGCGUCCAAGGCGCAAGCCCCCUCCAAAGCUUCCACUUCGGCCGCGCCCCCCCCAGCGCAGCCUCUUGUUCCGCAGUGGCAGUUCCCCUCGCUUCCCACGCACCCCUACAUGGCCGGCUUCAGCGCACCCCCCUCUGGCGCGAAAGCGUUCCCCACCCCCGCCGACAUCCUCUCCUCAUGGGCGUCCCUUUUCACCGGUGCGUCGUCCCCGUUUCGGCACGCCCCGUCGUGGUCCCCCCUCUCGGCGUCGAACCAGAGGGCGGUGGGCCCUGCCGCAACGGUGUUUGCGCAAGCCCAGCUGUGCGAGCUGCUCGGUCACUUGAGCUGCGACUGGGAGGACGAGCUGAUCGAGGGGGGGUGCAUCGGGGCGGUGCUGGAUGCAAUGGAGGCGGUCUGGUUCUGGCGCGACGUCAAGAGCAUGGCCACGCUGCUGCCGCACGACGAGCGGCUUGCGCACAAGAUGCGGGACCUCCAGAACCCUCCCACGAUCGUCCUGGUGCGCGACCACAAGGGCGAGACGGCUCUCGUCGUGGUUCCCGCCGCGCACACGGGCCUCGUCUGGAAGGGCGAGUGGGACGGCGAGCACGAUCCCCCAACCGACGCACACCACUUCUUCAUCGAAUCUCCUAGCUCCUCCACUUCCCACACCUCCGCCUCGACUUCGGAAGCGGGCCCAAGCAAUUUGGACUCCGCGAGCACGAGCAGUGUUGACAAGGUGCGCGGCGGCCGCGCUCCCAUGCGGGACCCGGGGAAUCCGCUGAGCCGGGCCGGGGGACUGAUCCCGCGGGAGUGGCGCGAGACGCUCGACUCGUACCUGCAGCGCAAGGCGCUUUUUGCGCUGUACAGCCUGUGCAAGGAGAUGCCCGGCAAGGAGGCGGCGCUGCAGGCGCAGGCCAACCAUGCGGCGACGGUGGCCAUGUGCCGGUACCACCCGUACGAGUGGAACAUGGGCGUGCGCUGCGGGUUCAACCGGGAGGUGAUCAAGGCAGCGCACCUGGUGUUGGCGCGGCUGCACAUCGAGCGCAUCUGGGACAAGAACGUGACCUACUGGCUGGCCCACGAGUGCGCCAAGGGCAACGACCACGCCGCGCUCGAAGCCAUGGUCGCAGAGGGCCUCCCCGGGCUGUGGGCCGAGGACGGCGCGGGCCAUGUGCCACUGCACUACGCGCGCGAGCUGCAGCGCGCGGCGUGCGUGGCGAUUUUGGAGGACCUGCAGCGCAAGCGGCGCGCCAAGAAGAAGGGCAAGAAGGCCAAGAAGAAGAGCGCGGCGGAGCAGGGGGAGGCGCUGGGAGGGACUGCCAAUGCAGAGAGCCCCGACACGCCCACCGCAGACCCCACCAGCUCCAACGCGCCGUCCCCCAAAACCCCUCUCUCAGAACCCCCUCCCUCGGCCCCGAAGGCCAGUACUAGCGUCUCCUCUUCCGCUCCUGAGACUCUCAACCCCUCGGCCAACGCUGCCCUGCGGUCAGUGGUAGACGCCUCGAGCCUGGAAGGGAUGCGUGCUGCCGUGGAGGCAUAUGCCGCGCUGGCAGAUGUUGACGCAGCAUUGGUGGAGACGCUGAAGGGGAUCGUGGAGGACGCGGAGCGCACGGUGGUGCGCAGCGCGAGCGCCAUGGUGGCGGGAGUGAAGGGCCGGCUGGACGUGCUGGCGGACAGCGGCAGCAAGCGGGCCAUCAAGAACACGCACACGCUGCUGGAAAAGAUUGGGCAGGCAUCGACGCUGAGCGAGUUCCAGGCUGCGGUGGAGCGGUACAGCCAGUCGAGCGCGGCGGACCCGGUGCUGUGCACGGUCCUGGCGGACGUGCUGCGCGAGUCGGAGAAGAAGAUGCGCGAGUCGAUGGCGCAGGCCGAGCGCAAGGUGGGCGAGUCGCAGGGCAAGAGCCUGGGGCUGGCGAGCAAGGGGAAGAGCAUGGCGCCGCCAGCUGGGGACGGGAAGGGUGCAGGAAAGGAGGAGAGAGGGGGAGGCAAGGAGGAGAGAGGGGUAGAGAAGGAGGCCAAAGGGACCGGUAACAUUGCAGGCAAGGUGGAGGAAGGAAAAAAGGCGGCUGAUGGGGAAGCACGGGAGAAGCGGGAUGCCAAGCAGAAGGGGAAGGAGAAGAAGGGGAAGGACAGCAAGGGGGGUGCGAAAGAGAAGGGGGCCAAGGCUGGGGCGCCAAGCCCGGGGGAGAAGGCCAAGCCAAAGGUAGUCGAGGCGGAACCUUCCGCCGUGGAAGUUUCUGCACCGGAGGCCCCUGCGACCGCUGCACACGCAGUGGCAGAAAGCCAGGCCGCGAUGCCCGAGCCGCCUUUCGAGCAUCCCGUCGUGGCGAGCACUCUAGAAACGCCGCCCGAGGUUCUGGAGCUGUUGGCAAGGGAAGAAGAGUUGGCAAAUGCACCGGACGAGGACAGCUUCGAAGAGGAGGAGUGGGUGAACGUGAUGAGCCGUCGGAAGCUACGGGAGUCGCUCAAGGGCAGCGCCCCGGCCAUGGAAACCGAGCGGCCCCUCAGCGGGCGGCAGCGGCGCGCCAAGCAGAAGGAGGCGGCUGCCCGGGUGGUCCGGGAAAGCCCCGAGCGCGCCAGCCACCAGUCGCCGCCUCGGGAGGAGCGCGCCCUGAUGAUCGACCUACUAGCGCAAGCGGCUGAAAGCACCCCGAGUGUGACUCCGAAGCCAAGGGAGACGGUCGGCGGUUCCGCGUGGAAGCUAGGAGAAAGUUUGGAGGGCGCGCGGGUUGUUCCGGGCAAUGUAGAGGAGGACGAGCGGGAAGGAGUGGUCGGGCCGGAACGGACGGCGUGGGGGCCGAACGCGCAGCCGGGGGGGCACCUGGCCAAGCGCACGUGGGCGGAGCAGGUGGAAGAGGAGGACAGGGCGGGGGGGCUACCGGAGGCGAGCACGCACGGGGGACCCCUGGACAAGCGAAAGCUGGCUGAGGCGGAGAGCAAGCGCGGCAAGGGCAAGUCGCGAGGGAGCAAGCAGCGCGGCAAGACGGGCCGGGGCCCAGGCACCCCCAGUAGUAGUGCGGCCAUCCUACCCUCCCCGUUGCCCCCCCUCCUGCCCACGCCGUCCGAAUCGCUUCACAUCGCAGCGGAGCCCGCAAAGCGGAGGCCAAACGCAGGUGUGCCAGAGUGGCCGUCCGUCAACGCUCCGAGUGCGAAGCCGAGCCAGAAGCAAGUGUUGCCGGGCACGGGGGUGUUCCACGCCGUGGACGAAGAGGCCAAGCAGGGCCAGGCCGAGGCGGUGCGCAAGCGGGGGGGUCCGGCCAUGGGGCCAAGCGACCCCCCCUUGGCUUCGUUGCCCAUCAGGUCGCCUGGUGUGGCAUGGGGCCGUCCCCCGGCGCCUGGACCAGCUAACGGGCCCCCCUCUUAUGACCCGCUGACCGCGCCCAUCACCCCGCUCCAACAGUGGGCCCCACCAGCCUACCCUGAUCUACCCGUCAGUCUCGACAUGGACUUCCACUCCGCAGAAGAGGCGGCACACGUCGGGCAAGCCCCUCCCCCCUGGAUGGACCAAAGCGAGCCCGCCUUCACACUCCACCAACCGCAGAGCACCGCCCCCCCCCGUCUGGUGGACUACCCGACCCCCGGCAGCAGCAGCUUCUUCCAGUCCGCCGCCCAAGACGCCGUUGUCACGCCCUUCCCCCGGCUCCCCUCGCCGCAGGCCUCGUCGAUCCUCUCGGACCUGCUCCCGGACGCGACGCUGGGCAGCGAGGACGAGAGCGGCGCCGAGUCGCAACCGUUCGACCUCAACGGGGAGGGUAUUACCGACACCCCUGCCGGCGUGCACCUCCCGGCGGGGCUCCUCGCGUCCGACGAUCCCGUCUCGAGCUCCCCGCACCACCUGACGUUUGGCAGCCUGCCAGCCGAUCUGGGCGACCUCGGGGCUGAGAGCGUGCACCCGCUGCCGCCGCAAAAGGCCGAGUCGGGGCAUCCGCUCGGUGGAUACUGGCCCGACUACCGACCCUCGCCGGAGGUCCACAGCCCUCGGAUACCCUCUUCUCCGGGGCUCCCCGCCCACCUUCAGAACCCACCUUAUAUGCACUCCCCGUAUGGGUAUCCGGGCCAGGCCCAUCUUGCUUACAACUCCCCCAUGCCCAACAUGUACUCGGGGCAUCCCAUCUUCGACUCUUACCCCGGGGGCCCGCACCUGAGAAUGACCCCCGGGGACGGGGAUUUGAGCCACUCCCUCUUCUCGUCGGCCCAGCAAGGUGGCCAUCUUUCAAACCCCUCCCCCUACGCCCCUCAGCAGCAGCCUGAGCGGCCUGGGUCGGGAAGCGCCUUGGGGCAGGAGCAACAUCCGGCCCGGAUGCUUUUCAUGGAAGAGCCAUGCUCCAUCUGUCUAGAGAGGCAGAAAAACUGCGCGCUGCUGCCCUGCGGCCAUCAAGCCUGCGCGCUGUGCAGCCAGCAGAUGCACAUACGGCGGAUGCUCUGUCCAAUGUGCAACCGGGCGGUUGAAGGGGUGCUGCAGCUCUUCAGUUAGAAAGAUGCGAACAGGCCAAGGAGGGCAGCGUGGGUUGGUUCCAUAGAUGCAUAGUACACUCUGUACAGAUGUAUGUUGGGCGCCGUUGCAGCCAACUUUGACAGUUCACCUUUUUCACUGCCAUGCGAUUAUUGUCCAGUCAACCAUUUGCU